AUGAAGUUCUUCAUUACUUUUCUCAUCAUUACUCUUAUCAUUAUUGAUGGUAUACAAAGUAUACCCAUUGUCCAUUCAACUCAUGUUCAAACUGUUUCUUUAUAUCCUGUAGUUACUUCACGUACAUCACGAAAACCUAUUGUAUCAUCUGACAUUACUGUUCAUACUUCGAAACAUCCCUCUGAACAUGAACAUAGUACCUAUCAAUCGACAAAUUCGAUUUCUUCUUCGUCACCAUCUACUACGCAUUAUCAUCCAUCAUGGUGGUAUAAUCAACAUUCAGCAGGACGAAUUAUUCUUCGUAUCUUUCUUUAUGCGAUUGCAUUCGCUGUUGUAUCCACUAUUCUUGGAUUGAUUUGCAAUUCAAAAAAACAACAACCAGCAAUCAAGAACAAUCGUAAUAUUGUUUUAAAGAAUAAAAUGUAUGUUUCUACAAUAAGUGGUAAACGGGAAGAACAACCACCAACAUAUGCAGAAGUUCAUAAAGUUUGA